ACAGGCCAGGGCGACAACGAGGGAGGCGACAACAACGGCAACGACGACGACGACGACGACGACAACGACGACAACAAUAAUAAUAACACCGGAGGCGAUGAUGGCGACGUGGAAGAAGAGGAUGCCAGCACUAGCGACACCGACUCGGCGUACGGGACAGAGGCCGGCUCGGCCUACACGGGGUCUAUGACGUCGUCCGUCUUCCGGUACAAGUACGAGAAUGGGCGUCGCUACCACGCCUACCGCGAGGGCAAGUACGUGCUGCCCAACGACGACGCCGAGCAGGAGAGGCUGAACCUGCAGCACCACAUCUGGCGUCUGAUCCUGCAAGACCGACUGCAUACGGCGCCCCUCCCGGACCCCGACGAGAACCCGCAGCUCCGAAUCCUCGACCUCGGCACCGGCACCGGCAUAUGGGCCAUCGACAUGGCCGACAGGUUCCCGACGGCCCAGGUCUACGGUAUCGACCUGUCUCCCAUCCAGCCCGACUGGGUCCCCAACAACUGCCGGUUCCACGUCGACGACUUCGAGGACGAGUGGACCUACAGCGACACGGAGAAGUUUGACUACAUACACGGGCGUGCCCUGAGCGGCACCUCGGCCGACUGGCCCCGCUUCUACCAGCGCGUCAAGGACAGCCUCAAACCGGGCGGCUGGGUCGAGAUGCAGGAGUACGACGCCUGGAUCUUCAGCGACGACGACAGCUGCGAUAGGGCCCCCUGGACGAUGGAGUACGUCCGGAAGCUCGACGGGGCGAGCAGGACGUACGGCAAGCCGAUCAAUGUGGCCAAACACCACAAGACGUGGAUGGUUGAAGCUGGCUUCGAGAAUGCCCGUGAGAUUGUCUACAGGAUACCCAUCGGUGCUUGGGCAAAGGACCCCUUGUUGAAGGAGAUGGGACGCUUCGAGCUCAUUCACAUGCAGAUGUCGGUCGACUCACAUACUCCGGCUCUCUUCUCCCGAGUUUACGACUACACACCAGACCAGAUCCGUAUACUGUCCGAGGGCGUCAAGCGCGAGUUCCGCGACAAGAGCCUGCGGCUCAUCAAAUCGUACCGGUUCAUCACGGGCCGCAAUCCGACUGAAUGA